GAGAUAAAGAAAGAAAGGAAAAGAAUUUCCGAACAAGCGCAACGCAUCUGUGACCGACUAGUUUCCUUUUGCUUUUCCUACCAGCGAUAUGUGCAUGCUAUAUGUAAGUACCAGGCUUGCUCGAACUCUUCCCAACUCGAGACUCCAAACUCGUUAAGAUCGCAAAGAAAGAAAUAAAAGAAAGAGAGACAGAGAUGGAAGACACUCUGGGUGCUUUGAGAUCUCUAAUGGCUUCUCACUCUCCGCCUCUUGCUGCCUUGGUUGUGCCUUCCGAAGAUUAUCAUCAGAGCGAGUAUGUGUCUGCACGAGACAAGAGACGUGAAUUUGUUUCUGGCUUCACUGGAAGUGCUGGUUUGGCACUUAUAACAAUGAAAGAAGCACGGCUGUGGACAGAUGGGCGUUACUUUUUGCAGGCAACGAAAGAACUUAGUGAUGAAUGGGAGCUCAUGCGUAUUGGAGAAGACCCAUCUGUAGAUGUCUGGAUGGCAGAUAAUCUGCCGAGACAAGCUGCCAUUGGUGUCGAUCCCUGGUGCGUGUCCGUAGACACCGCACUAAGAUGGGAGCGUGCUUUUGCCAAAAAACAGCAGAAACUGAUUCAGACUUCUAAAAAUUUGGUGGAUGAAGUUUGGAAAAAUCGGCCUCCACUGGAAAUUAGCCCUGUUGUUAUACAUCCAUUGGAAUUUGCUGGUUGUUCUGUCAUAGACAAGUUGAAUGAUUUGAGAGAAAAUCUCAUAAAACAAAAGGCUCGUGGUAUAAUCAUUACAGCACUUGAUGAGGUUGCUUGGUUGUAUAACAUCCGUGGGACUGAUGUAUCCUAUUGCCCAGUUGUUCAUGCGUUUGCUAUAGUAACAUCCAACUCAGCUUUCUUUUAUGUGGACAGGAGGAAGCUCUCUUCGGAGGUAAACUCUUAUAUGGAGGAGAACAGAAUUGAAAUUCGGGAGUAUGGUGCGUUGAGUGCAGAUGUGACCUUGCUUGCAUCUGAUCAACUCAAUUCUCUGUCUGCUAUCAAAGGAGCUCAAACAGAAGUCAAGAGUGAUGUGGAAAUUAAUCCUAGUGAGGCUGAUUUUGACCUCAUAUGGAUUGACCCUGGUUCAUGCUGCUAUGCUCUGCAUUCAAAACUGGAUGCUGAUAAGGUUCUUCUACAGCCAUCACCUUUGGCUCUUGCAAAAGCUAUUAAGAACCCGGUUGAGUUGGAAGGGUUAAAAAGGGCACACAUUCGGGAUGGUGCAGCUGUUGUGCAAUAUCUUGCCUGGUUAGAUAUUCAGAUGCAAGAGAUUUAUGGUGCUUCUGGCUACUUUUUGGAGGGUAUAGGAGUGAACCAGAAAAAGCAUUUGGAAACCUUGAAGCUGACAGAGGUGAGUGCAAGUGAUAAGCUGGAGAGUUUUCGAGCAUCAAAAGAGUAUUUCAGAGGCUUAAGUUUUCGUACUAUUUCAUCAGUUGGCCCCAAUGCAGCAAUCAUCCAUUAUGCCCCACAUGCAGAAACAUGCGCCGAGUUUGAUCCGGACAGAAUCUAUCUUUUUGAUUCAGGAGCACAGUACCUGGAUGGAACAACUGAUAUAACACGGACAGUUCAUUUUGGGAAACCUUCAGAACACGAGAAAGCAUGCUAUACUGCAGUCCUCAAGGGCCAUAUUGCUCUCGGAAAUGCUCGAUUUCCUAAUGGAACUAAUGGUCAGGCCCUAGACAUUCUUGCUCGAGUUCCUUUGUGGAAGGAUGGUCUUGAUUACCGUCAUGGUACUGGUCAUGGAAUUGGGUCUUACCUAAAUGUUCAUGAAGGACCUCAUUUGAUCAGUUUCAGGCCCCAGGCUCGAAAUGUGCCGCUACAAGCAUCCAUGACUGUAACAGACGAACCUGGUUACUAUGAGGACGAGAACUUCGGCAUAAGAUUGGAGAAUGUGCUGGUAAUAAAGGAAGCUGGUACAAAAUUCAACUUUGCUGACAAGGGUUACUUGUCUUUCGAGCACAUAACAUGGGCACCAUACCAGAGAAAGCUGAUUGAGUUGAGCCUUUUAACUCGUGAAGAGAUGGAUUGGCUAAAUGGUUACCAUUCAAAGUGUAGGGAUAUUCUCGCUCCCUACUUGAAUGAGUCUGAGAAGGGAUGGCUGAAGAAAGCUACUGAGCCUUUGCGCGUUUAAAACACGCACAAUAAUGUCAUACACUGUUGCUAAAGCUUUGUCAUGUACAUAUUGAUUUCAAUAAUUUGGUUGUUGAAUCACAAGAUGCUCCUAUGUCCUAUUCUAAAAUUUGCUUAUGCUGCUGUUUCUUAUAAAAGUUAAGAAUAUUAAUCAACUUGAGUUUAA